UGUGUGAUCCAUUAGCCACUUUUUUCUCUAAAUAUAGUACCUCUCUUUUCUCUCAAUCUUUCCACUUUACUUCUCGUUUUAUUUUGCAUACCAUAAACUUCUUCUCUUAUUUCUCUCCUCGCUGAACAACAAAGAAAAUCCAACUUAUUCUCUACCGUCGUCAACAGUAACAUCGUCAUCGGACUGGUCGAGACGACAUGUCGACAAUGGCACGUAGUCUCUUCACCUGUUUUGGUAAAGGCUCCCCGCACCAGAAGCUUGAAAAUUCAAACGAAGGUGCAACCUUGGACAUGGUGGUGGAGGAGCAACGGAGAGGUGGGCCGGUGGUGGUGGAGCUGUUUUCAUCACAGGGAUGCGCCACCUCUCCAGAGGCGGAGCUGCUGUUCUCACGGCUAGCGAGGGGUGAUUUCAACCUCGAGGUGCCGUUGAUAUUGUUGGCCUACCAUGUUGAUUAUUGGGAUUAUAUGGGCUGGAAGGACCCUUUUGGGUCCAGCCAAUGGACUGUGAGACAAAAGGCCUAUGUUGAGGCCCUGAACCUUGAUACAAUGUUCACGCCCCAAAUUGUGGUCCAGGGUCGGGCCCAAUGUGUUGGUAACGAUCAGGAUGCUUUGUUAUCCUGCAUCACGUCUGCACCGCGAAUCCCUGCUCCGUCGUUCCAGGCGACAUUCCAAAGGACAACGCCAGAGUCCUUGCAAGUGUCUCUCAAAGGAGCUUUAAGGGCUAAGGGAGAUCAACAAGGUGCCAAUGUCAUGGUUGCUCUGUAUGAAAGCGGUUUAGUGACAAAUUGUCCAAAGGGAGUGAACAAAGACCGCGUCCUAGCCAAUGACUUUGUUGUAAGGGGGCUUCAGAAACUCUGUUCAGUUAAAGAUACCUCUACUAGAAAAAUGAUUGCUGUUAAUUUUUCUUUGUGGCAAAGUUUCAAUAGCAACAAAUGUGGUGUCGCUGUCUUUGUAGAAACAAGUUCUCAUCAAAUUUUGGGUUCGCAGAAUUUUCAGUUGCCAGAUAAUGUGUGAGUUCUAAUUUAUUAAAAGUUCGACGACUUGUGUUGAAGUUUAGAUGGUGUUAUUUUUCUAUUUUGAUUCAUUUUUAGUUCUCUACUUGAUUUGAAGGUUAUGAGAUGAGGAUAGAUUUGGGUAGGGAUGAAAUGUGAUUCGAAAUUUGGAACUUU